CGACAUCCCUACUAUCAGCUGUUUCGUGCAUUGUGGACCUGCAAUCAAGUACAAAAUUUGUAGUCAAUAUAUAGUUAGGUAAUAAGCUGAAUUAAACAAUGUUUAAAUAUCUAAGACGACCAUUGCUGAUGAUGACGCGUUCGGUUAGCAGCAAUUUAAGCGGCACAGCAACAACAAAGUUAACAACAAGGACUGCUGGAACAUUAAUUGAGGUCAACAAGGCGCUAAAUGGCUGGGAGAAGAAAUUGAAGGACGCCGGCGUCCAAGACACCGACUUCAAUCUAAAAUGCAUUGUGUCUCACGUGCUGAAACAAAAAUUCAACACCGUGCCCGAUGAUUUUGCCCAUCUAAAGUUUGAUUCGACACAAUUGGCGGAUUUUGAGCGGUUUUGUGAGGCACGUUGCGCCCGAAUGCCGCUGCAGCACAUCAUUGGCGAAUGGGAUUUUAUGGACAUUACGUUGAAAACGUCGCCAACGGUUUUUAUACCACGUCCCGAAACCGAAGAAUUUGUGCGUUUGGUGAUUGAGAACUAUAGGAAUGUCAAGCACGUGGAUAUGCUGGAGGUGGGCUGUGGCUCGGGUGCCAUGUCGCUGUCUAUGCUGCACGAACUGCCGCAGGUGGAUGCCACCGCUAUUGAGCGCAGCAAAGCGGCCACUGCGCUCGCGUGGGAGAAUGCUAAAUUACUGGGACUGCAGGAGCGCUUUAAGGUGUACAAUCAUACCAUGGAGGUGGACAAAUAUAUGCCGGAACAGUUGCAGGAUGAGCAGUACGAUUUGAUUAUAUCAAAUCCGCCAUAUGUAAAGACUGAUGAGUUUCAGUAUUUGCAUCCCGAGGUGGUUGUUUAUGAGAACCUGAAUGCCUUGGAUGGCGGCUCGGAUGGUCUACGUGUGGCUAGCCUGGUCUUUGAUCUGGCCUGCCUGCAUCUGCGUCCUGGAGGCAAACUCUGGCUGGAACUGGGCAACGAGCAUCCGCCUCUGGUCAAGACAAUUAUGAAUCUUAAGUACCAAGGACGCCUUCAGUUUGUAGACAGCUACCUGGACCAAUACAAGCGCGAGCGUUUUGUACAAUUGCAAAAGGUCUAAGCGCUGCAUUUUUUUUUUUUAUUAAUUUAAUAAAUUAAAGCAUUCUGACAUGAUUAAUUCAAUUAGAAGUAGUCGCAUACGCAUUUAGCUGUGAUUUGACCUAAAAUAGACACAUUUAAAUACCUCAGAGGCUCCCCAAUGGAUACAGUAUAUAAGUUAUAAUUAUAAUUAGUAUACUCUUCAGUUUACGCCCGCAAAGUCCCAUUUAAUACUAAAACAACAACAACGACAGUGCAGGCUAUUCGUAUUGAUGCACCUAAUUUUAUUGGUUUCCAUAAUUCAUGUUUAUAAGCUGCAAACAAAAUAAAUUCACAAACGGUCAGUACAACAACAACAA